AUGAACUGGAUACAUGUUAUCGCCAACACUGACAACACUGGCUGUGAUAUACCAAACAGAUUACGAUCGCAUCUCAAUCACCAAAACAUGUUUGGUUGGCGGGGAAUAAACAAACCGAUCGUAAUUACAAUAUGCCUGAUAUUGUGCGGUAUUGUCGUAGCGUUUACGACAAACACGGCGUCAAUAGAUGUAUUAUAUUUACUUAUGGCUGUCUAUGGCAUCACUAACACAGGUAUUACAAUAUUACUGGUGGUCUGGAUCGCCGAUGUGUGGGCUAAGGACAGCGGCCCAUAUAUGCAAGCGUUUCAGUUUACAACCAGUUUAGCCGGUAUUGUGGGUCCACUGGUUGUCGCCCCAUAUCUGCCCUCAAAUAUAGGCCCGACUGAUGACACGACCGCCGAUAUAUCGGCCAUCAAAUGGACACUUUCCAUACCAUACCUCAUAAUCGGUAUCAUAACAGCCGUAAAUGCCAUACCAUUUGGUUUAAUGCUAGCAUUUAAUAGCUCACAAUUAAUGCCCACAAAACUCAUAUUUGUAAUGAUAAUAAUGUGCGGCAGUAUUAAAGCGCUGCUAUACGGUAUACAAGAGAUCCAACUGACCAACAUCACUAAAUUUAGCACCGAGGUGGGCCUGACUGCUGUCAGCACACAAUACUCGGCCUAUUUUAGUACCUGUAUAUCUGGCGCGACGGCUGCCUCUCAAGCCCUGGCCAUACCGUUGGCCAGAUAUAUACGGCCUCUAACUAUGCUAUGGAUGGGAAUAUUUCUACAACUUUUGUCUCAAAUAUUGCUAUUAUUUGCCCACAAAUCGGUAUGUUUGGCAUUGGUGUUGGUCCUGUAUUUGGAGCCAUGUGGCAACUUGUGGGCCAAUUCACCCAGACAACUGCCAAAUAGAGUCCAAACCGAUAGCAAAUAUUUGGACCAAUAA